CCAUCUCCCCAGUAAUCCCCCAUCUCCCCAGUAAUCCGCAAUGUUUAAGCAUUUUUUCACGGGAAAGCUAUAAGAAUAAAACUAAUAACUUUUACAUAAAUGAAUAGCUCUUUGCAAAGGCUAUUAAUUCCUGUUAUUUAAAUUUCAUUUAUUGCUUUGGUAUGGGGAUUGGUAUGGGGAUCAUAUAAUCUCAUCUAGACAGAAUCCCUAUCGGGAAAAUUGCCCGCAACAAGUUGGACGGUGCUUCGAAAACAUUGUCAACAAUUCGCUUAUUUUGGAAAUUCUGCCCCCCCCCCCUAUUUUUCGUCUCUAAUCUAUUCAUGGUUCUAAGGAAACCACACUUACCUCGUCCUUCCAUCAAUUAACCAUAUCCACUUUAAACUGAUUCUCGCUUCCUGAGUGGGAAUGUGAUAUUUCGAAUGUUGAUACAGUCACUCACACAUUUGUCGAGUCAACGCCUACCUUGGCAUACAUAAAAAGACUUGAGAGACAUUCAAAAUGAAAUUGAUUUUCGUGACUUUCCUCUGGUGGUUUGCUACUCCGUCCCUAUCGCAAGCAGAGACCCGACUAGUUUGUUACCUCGAUGUCACGGCGAUCAACCGCCCAGGUGAUGGUGCUUUUAGUUUGGACAAAAUCGACCCUUUCUUGUGUACUCAUCUCAUUUACGGAUUUACUUCCGAUAUGAUCAUAAACAGCGAUUCUUAUGGAUCGACUGGAAUACCUCACGACAAAUUACUUGGGCCGAGAGUAAAAAAUCCCAAGCUGAAAAUCAUGGCUAGUGUCAAGUAUAAUACAGAAGAUUUUAAAUGGGACAACCCCAAUAGUAGGAAAAAGGUAAACAUGAUAGUGGAUUACCUAAAGAAAUAUCGUUUCGACGGAUUAGACAUCUAUUGGAAUAUGUCUUCCAGCGAUGUUCCAAACACGCCUUUCUUUUCUCACCUACGAAAUGCAUUCCAGGAAAAUGGUCUAUUGCUCAGUUUGGCAGUGUAUACCGAAACGAAUGCCGAAGUUAUUUACUUUUUGGAAAUUAUCGUCCAACAUAUCGAUUUUGUCAGCGUGUUGGCUUACGACUUAAUUAGAUCUACAGAACAAUUUUGGCAGGCUGACCAUCCAGCCCCACUGUACAGCACUCGAAGCAGAAAUGUCGAUUCGUUAAUUCAUUACUUUUUGGAACACGACAUGCCAGCUGACAAAAUCAACCUGGGUAUUCCAACGUACGGUGGUAGCUGGACCAUCCCCGCUUCUAGUAAAUUGGAACCACCCCUUUCGGCUACCUGGGGUCCUUUCAAUAAACACACCGGUCGUGUGGGCCAAAUACCUUAUUUCGAAAUCUGUGCCAACAUUCGAUCAAGUGGAUGACAAGUCUUCGGGGAAGACGACAACACCACUGGCCCCUACGCCGUUUCACCUGAGCAAAUGGGCAACAAGAUCUGGGUGGGCUACGACGAUGUAGACACCGUAACGAGAAAGAGCGACUACGCCCGGAACAUAAGAGGUCUUGGUGGUAUUACAGUAUGGGAUCUCAGCCAGGAUGAUUUCCGUAACAGCUGUGGUAUGGGAGCUUACCAGUUAACGGCAGCCAUCUCCCGAACUUUGGGAAUCCCGCGGGCACCGUCGUCAGCUUUUAGCGUUCGGUUAGGACUGUCAACCAUAAUAUUCUUGGCUGUUGCUUGGGGUCUGUUUUACCGUCUUUAAAUCAAAAGACCAAUGCCUGUUUGGGUUUUCCGGUUAUAUCUAGUUUUCCACAGUUUUACUUUUGUUUUUUCCAGCACGAAAUGCGCAAUUAAAUUUGUUCGAUAUUUUGUAAUGCAGCAUUCCAUGAUGCAACGCUUUCGAAAUGCAUUGUUGGCUACUUUAUCAUUUGACACGAGAAAUACAUAAAUCACUGCGCACGCAAGUGCUGGAUACGAUAAUUUA